AACAUCCUGUGCUACUGGUUUCAUCGAGGAUAGUUUGAUCGCUCUUUGCUCUUUAGAUAAUUAAUAACAUAAAAUGCUCUUAAUGUAAUCAAAGUGCGACUGUUGCAGCCAAUGACGAUGGUUCGUUAAAAAAUCCACUUAGGAAUUACAUGAUACACCUGAUCAACCAUCAGAGAUUGCAGAAGACAUAAAAGACCCUUGCGGAAUGCGUUCAUCACGCGAUGUCACAUGGUAAUUAGUAUCCCUCACUCGACUGUCCUAGUGAGUGCGGUGUGGCCGCGGUGGCAUCGCGAUGCAUCCAAGCGCACCGGUACGAUCAGUUGCGUGGAGGUCAGUGAGCUAACGCCAUGGUGCUGGAACUGCUCUCCAACAAGCAGCUGUUCAAGAGUGAUUUCCAACAAUCGACACACCGGUUGCUACGACUCUGUCAGCUUUUCGGAACCGUCCCGUGGAGUGUGCGGCUGUACGAAACAUCCAAGGAACGAGCGCUGCAUCGCUGGAAGCAGCGUCUCAUCCGAGUCGCCAACGUGCUCCAAUCGUUCGGACUGAUGGUUGCGGUAACCGGUGCGACCGUCCUGCAGCAUAUCGAGUUCGACUGCAAGUCCGAGUUCGAGACGUCCGAGUUUGACUGCAACAAGACUCCAUUUAUGACGCGUAUGCUCUACAUUUGCGAGUAUAUCAUGGCGAACACAGUGGUGGCCAUGGUGCUCGUCGGUUGCCACUGUCAGCGCCGCUGGUAUGGCAGGUUCGCCGAGCAGCUGCUCACGAUCGCGAUCGAAAUCGCGGGCUGCGGUGGGGCUGUUGAUUUCGUGCGGAUCGAAUCGUUCUUCAACCGGCUGCUGGGCUGCAUUGCGCUGUACUUUGCCGGCGUCCUGCUGAUCGACUUCUUUUACAACGAGCAACAGUUGUGGGCCUUUUGCCGCAGCUCGGCCGUCUACACGCUGUCGAACGUGGUGAAUGUGCUCGGGCUGAUACAGUACUUCUAUCUGAUGUACUUCAUCUUUCUCUUCUACCACGACAUGAACCGGUUGCUGAAGGGGUUCGCGCUGCAAUCGUUACGCUCAGUCGAGCGGCGGCCGUACCGGUUGUCGGGUUGUAGAGACGUCGUCACACCGUCUGGCACGACACUGUUUGACUAUGCGACCGUCCUCGAGACCCUCCGCAAGACGCACUUGAAGCAGUACAAGCUGAUCGAGCAGGUGAUCGAGUGCUUCGGCAUACUGAUCGUGCUCACGACGGUAGCUUCCUUCAUCGUGCUUAGCCUGCAGUUCUUUGCCAUCUACCGGGCGACCACGACCCGGCACUGGACCAGCACCGACACUUACCUGCUCGUCUACACCGUCCUGUGGAUCGUGCUGCACGGUGCGAAAAUACUGAUGAUCCUCUAUCCGGCCCAUCUGGUGCAGCGGGAGCGUGAUCGAACCGGACCAAUACUCUAUCUCUUCAAUCAUAACGAAAAGGACAUCCUGCUGAACGGUGUGCUGGCAAAGUUUUCUACCCAGCUACUGCACGAACGUGGCCACCAGACCGCUUGUGGGUUGAUGAAUUUGGAAAUGACGCUCAUCAGCACGAUGGUUGGAGCACUCACCACCUACCUGGUCAUUUUGAUCCAGUUCGACACAGCCGUCACCCAAGGCCAAAGUGCACCCAAUAAUGGGUCCAACGAAAAGCCUGCCAGUGGCCACUAGCACCAGCUAGAUGGAGUUCGUGUGCUGGUCUGCAUUGAUCUCAUUACCUUUUCAUGCGCA